AACGGUUCACCAGCUCCGGAAUGCGGUUGGCCCCGAGAUCGAGUUUGUGCUAGAGAGUUAUACUAUCCACCACCUGCAGGUGUUUGGCGCCAAGCUGCCCAUUUCGACUUUUUUUGCGCCGCAGAGAGACAAAUUGUUUAUCUUGUGUCAAGUGCUGUACGACGGCCACCCUUGGACCACUCCGCUCUGCCACCACUCGGCCCAACUCGACUCCCCUUUGGAGCUGUGAAAGUUUGUUGUCGCCAUUGCCUCCGCAGCUCGACUCCGGUGUCGUUUUGUGGCUGCCGUCUGCGGAGUGCCAGUUGGAACCUUGCGGUUUUUGGGGGAGCCAAAAUCGGAUGACAUUAUCUCCCUGGGCUCUACUGCGGGCCGCAGGACACGGGAGCCAGGAGACAGGAGACAGAAGCCAGAAGUAGCGUGGCGCGGCGGCGAGACCGAAAUUAAAAGCGAAACAAGGCGCCGCACCUUAGGCAUGCAUCUUUAAUCAGGCGCCAAUGAAUUUGCGCGCCGUGGAUCCGUGCGAAAUGUUUACGGCGUAUGAAUAAGCAAUGAAAUAAGCGCUCGCGGGCAUUUGUCAUUUGGCAAAGUGAAAAUUGAAGUGACUGUGAAAAUUGAGACAAAUGUGCGCCGCCAGCACCAGCCAGGAUUAAGGUCUAGCCGAGCCAAGUCGAGUAGAGAGUGGAGAAUCCGGGCAUAAUUUCUUCUUAACUAGUCAACCGCAACAAAAGCAACAAAGGAUGGAGGCUAAAGCUGGCUUAAGUGCGCUCGAGGAAAGGUCCCUGAAAGGUUCAGAGAAACUCAAAAUGCUGGACAUCACACGCGACAAACCGGUGAAGGUGGCCGUCAAAGUGGCGGUGCCGGUGCGAGAUCACCCCAAGUUCAAUUUCGUGGGCAAGCUGCUCGGACCCAAGGGCAACUCGAUGAAGCGGCUGCAGGAGGACACCAUGUGCAAGAUGGCUGUGCUGGGACGCGGCUCGAUGCGGGACCGCCGGAAGGAGGAGGAGCUGCGCGCCAGCGGCGACAGUCGCUAUGCCCAUCUCUUCGAGGACCUGCACGUGGAGAUCUCGACCUUUGCCGCUCCGGCGGAGGCCCAUGCCCGGAUCGCCUAUGCACUGGCGGAAGUGCGACGCUUCCUUGUUCCGGAUUACCAUGACGACAUUCGCCAGGAGCAAAUGUGGGAGAUGCAGGCGCUCACGUCCACGCCCACGUUGGGCACUCAUUCCCUGGACGACUCCCAGAGUCCCACCAUCAAUGCCAGUAAUCAGGGAGCGGGCGCCACCACCUCCUCCUGCAGCGGCGGCAGCGGGCGUGGCCUGGGCGGAGGACUGGCCGACAUGGACACGUCCAACGAUGACAAAUCGGACGUCGACGCCAGCGGCAUGGAGUGCCUGUCCACUGUCGACAAGCUCGACUGCUCGCCCACUUGCGUUAGCCUGGGCAUAGCCGGGAUCACCAGCAUCAGCACCACCAGCUCCGAGCACCCGCAUCCGCACCAGCAUUCGCACCACGCCCACCUGCACCCAGCCCAUGCCCAUGGACACCACCAGCAGCCCCAACAGCAGCAGCAGCAGCAGGCGCACCACCACAAUCAGCAGCAUCAUCACGGCGCUAGCCACCAGGCGCACUUCCACCAGCUGCUGCAGCAUGCCCACGGCGGAGCCAGUGCAGCGGCGGCGGCUGCCUGCGGGGAGCAUCUCUCCGGACAGGCGACUCCGGCAACAGCGGCAGCAUUGCACACCACAGCCAUGGCAGUGGCAUUGCAGCAUCAGCUGACAGCUGCUGGAAUUGGAGGACUCCUAAAGCCGGCCACCGGAGUGGGCGCCACCAUGGCCGGCCUGCCCACCAACCAGGCGAGUGCCAGUGCGUUGCAAUUGUCCGGCGAUGGGGGGGAGGCAGCCGCAUCCGCUCUGACGCUUCUGGAGCCACCAGGAGCCGCCCUCCUGCAUCCUGCGCUGCGAAAUGUCAAGACCAUCAACAUAGGUGGCGGUUUGGGCAGGAAGCGCCCGCUGCUGGGGGUGCCCCGCUCCGGAAUGAAUCCCACCAAGCGGACGGUGAUGAGCCUGCUGGCCAGGGCCAAGAACUCGCAGGCGCUGCACUCGGUCCGCCAGCCGAUGGUCACCGCGGCCAGUUUCGCUGAACCCUUGCAGAUGCUGACCUCGCCGUUCAUCAUACCGCACCAGGGCGUGGAGCAGCCGAUCCUGGCGCUGCCAAAGGAGAGCCUGGCCCAGGGCGUCUAACCCAGUGACCUGCUCCACCUGCGGCUGCCCAGAUAGACCAAUCUGACCGAUAUCCACCUGCCCCGCCUACACCGGCUCCGAGGCCGGCUCUGACACUUCAAGGAAAAGCGAGAAUCUCGAGGAGAUUGCCGAGUUUUACUAGACGACGACGACGACGACGUUUGUGUGUGUAGUUGAGGCGUACUUUCCACGUAGUAAGGCUAUAUAUAUACCGAUCUUUAGGGACUAACUGUGAACUUAUCCGAGCGAAAUCUCGAGCUCGUGCUACACGAUUUUAUUUUUUACAGAGAAUAAACGGAGCGUAUAUUUGCAAUGCGAUGUUUUAUUUCCACAGAAGCCAAAAUUAAACACACAAAAAACGAAAAUGUUCGAUUUAAUGGAACAGAGUUUAAACUUUAAACAAAUUGAAACCUAAAAUUAGUGUCAAAUUAAAGAGAGCAACUUCAAUAGAAAUAAAUGUAAACGCAAUUACUUUAAACAAAUUACUUUAACUAAAUAUACACACAAAAUACGAAUGCAAAAGAGAGAAUGCAGAAACCCAAGAACACGAGUACCAUUAAAGAUAUAUAUACAAUACAUACGAACACGUAUACAAGCAUAUACAGAUAUAUAUAUACAUAUAUAUAUAUAAAUAUAUAUAUGUGUGUGUACUUAAAUCUAUAUUAACUUAAGAUUAAACCAAACAAAACUACUAAAUUAAUGAGAUAAUACAAUAAUUUUAAAGUAUUUUAACAGCCACAAAACGAAGACAAAGUCGAAUAUCGGAAGUCGAAAACAAAAACCCAAUACCUUAAACCUAGAACCUUAAACCGAAACGAAAUGAAAUUAGAGGGAUAUAUAGAGACCGUUGAGAUAGUAACCCCGAUCAGAGAGAUCCCACCGCCUUCAGCUUGCGUUGCCUGAUUGAUAGAUUGAUUGAUAGAUUGAUUGAUUGAUCCACGUUGAGUCCCCUCAGAUCCAGAGCCACAGCUGAUAGAUAUGAUAGAUAGUUCGGUUUCAGUUUUAGAACGGAAAGUUUCAGAACAUCGAAAGCAGCAGCGAUCGCCUAGAGAGUUAUAUUUUUGUGUUCCAAUUCAGAUACAGAUUCAGAUUCCGAACAUAUAUACACGCACCUAGGGAUAAUGUACGGAUGGUAGGAAAAAAGGGUCUUUGGUCUGAGUCACUGCAAAUACAUGGAAUUGGAAUAUAGAGAUACACCUUCAAGCUAAGGAAUUUGAUCCGAUCGAGCACCUGACCCCCGCUCAAAGAGUAAGGAACUACCAGUAGCUCCUACUCCUCCUCCUCCGAACCCUCCAGCAGCCAAUUGCUCACCUUAGCCCCCAGUUACUUCGUUGACUGUGCACAGCCCACAUAGUACAUACAUAGGGAUAACCGAUAUACAAUAACAAGCAUUAUUCAGUAAAUGUUCACAGAAAGUUUAAUCAAAACCAAAACAAAACCAAAGUAUUUACAAGAGUAAACGUAAAGUUAAAGUAAAAUUAUUGAUGUUCAAAGAAUGCAAAUCCGUGAAAAGUCCUACUCAUUGUCAUUAAAUGUAGAUGUCAAAUAUGCGAAGCAAAUUAAAUAAUUAAACCCAGUCUUAAAUGUGACACCACAACCACACAGAAACCGCCAAA